AUGGAAUUCACCCUUCUGGGUCUGUCUUAUCUCUUUAGUUUCGGGGGGCUGGCGUUUAUCGCGUAUUUGGUUAUUUUUCUGCUGACGUUGCUAGGGAACUGCCUAGUUAUUGUCGCCAUUGCAGGGGAUGCCCACCUUCACACCCCCAUGUACUUCUUCUUGGCCAACUUGUCCCUCCUGGAGAUGUUCUACGUGUCCAUCACUGUGCCCGGCACCCUGGUUGGCAUCGCUCUGCAGAGCAGCACCAUCUCCUUUGCGGGCUGCAUGGCGCAGGCCCACCUGUUCACCCUCUGUGCCACGGUAGAAUGCACCCUGCUGGCAGCCAUGGCAUUGGAUCGCUACGUGGCAAUAUGCCAACCUCUGCACUACACGCUCAUCAUCAGCCAGAGGGUUUGCGUGCUUUUGGGCGCCUUCGCCUGGCUGUGCGGGGUGCUCAAUGCCACCGUCCAUACCAGCCUCAUUUUGGGCCUUCGGUUCUGUGGGGCAAAAUCUAUAAACCACCGGUACUGUGAGGUCCGGCCUCUGAUACGGCUCUCCUGCUCUGACACCAGGACCAGUGAUAUCUGUGCCACCCUCUCGGCCCUUGUAUUUGGGUUCGGCUGCCUGGGCCUCAUCCUCACAUCCUACUUCUUCAUUGGCAUGGCCAUCGUUAGGACCCCGUGCCCAACGGGCAGACUGAAGGCCUUCUCCACCUGCACUUCCCAUGUUAUGGUUGUGGUGCUGUACUAUGGGGCACUGAUCUUCAUGUACCUGCUGCCCAGUAAUGCCCCCCCCCAGGCACUCAACAUGGCAGCUUCCAUGGUAUAUUCCACCGGGAUCCCCCUGCUGAACCCCAUUAUAUACAGUCUGAGGAACCAGCAGGUAAAGGGGGCUCUAAGGAAGAGAAUGAGCUGGAAGUACCCGUUAUGGUCGGGUAGAAAGUCCUGA